AGUUGUACCCUGCACGAGUCGUGGCUUGGUCUCAUAUUCGUUCAUCUCUCCCAAGCUGCUGUUGCGAUUGUGUCCUCAAAGAAAAUGAAACUAAUGAUUCCGAAACGAAAUUAACAACAACUAAAAAGCAACAACAAUUGCAGAUAGUUUAAUACAAAUCAUCUGUAUUAUCAGCUUUAUGCGGAAAACAAUUUGGUGAUAAUACGCCUUUUGAGUUCGGCUUUCUACAAAUAGUUCGUUUUUUGCGUUUUUCGCCCAACGGAAACAUUCGAAAUCCGGCUUUGACGAAGAAAGGUUUAAUUUUGAGCAAUUCUAUUAUGACAUUAACGGUUUUUGUGCACAUGGGAAUUACAGAAAGUACUUCAACUGUGAUAAAAUGGAAAUUGUGCAAGUAGUUAUGCGCAAAUAAAGUAAAAUAAUAAUAAAUAAUAAAUAACAAAUAAUAAAAUAAAUAAUAUAAAACAAGCUAAUAAAACAUAAAAACAACAACAAUAAAUAACUACUUCUAUUUUUUUUAUAAUAAAUGCAUAAUUAAAUAUUUUUUAAUAAAAAACUAAAAGUAACUAGUGGAAAUUGAAAGACUACUCCAGAGAGUGUCCGCCUACAGAAUAUAGUUCCUGUAAAUAGCGAGCACAUAAUGGUCAUGGCAUUCGAUUUUAUAGCAGGCUGCCUCGGUGGCUGUGCUGGUGUUUUGGUCGGUCAUCCAUUCGACACAGUGAAGGUCCAUCUACAGAUGCAAGAUGUUAAGAACCCCGUAUAUCGUGGCACCUUCCAUUGCAUAUCAUCACUAGUGCGUACAGAUGGUGCAAAAAGUUUAUACCGCGGCAUGUCCAGCCCACUGAUGGGUAUAUCGGUUGUUAAUGCUAUUGUGUUCGGUGUAUAUGGCAAUGUUCAGCGACAAAUGGUGGACUCACAUUCAUUAUAUUCACAUUUCAUAGCCGGUUGCGUGUCGGGUUUUGCGCAAAGUAUAGUGUGUUCACCAAUGGAAUUGGCAAAGACGCGUAUGCAAUUACAACAUAUGGAUCCGAAAGCGCCGCAAUUUAAAAGUCCCAUUCAAUGUAUAAGACAUAUAAUACAGACAGAAGGUUUUAAGGGCGGUUUUCGUGGUUUGGGAAUGACAGCGCUCCGAGAUGUACCAGGUUUCGCCGCCUACUUCGUAAGCUACGAAUGGUUCAUGUCGCUAAAGGAAAAACCAAGCGUUCCACACGCUCUAACUGCCGGCGGCAUAGCUGGCAUUGCUUCAUGGCUCGUCUGCUAUCCCACAGAUGUAAUAAAGACGCUGUUGCAAGCAGACGGUAUGAGUUCAGCACCAGUCUACAAAGGCGCUUGGGAUUGUGCGGUCAAAAAUUAUAAUAAAGAUGGGCUACAUUUCUUCUUCCGUGGUCUCAACUCAACCAUUAUACGCGCAUUCCCCUCGAAUGCUGCCUGCUUCUAUGUGGUCGCCUGGAUUUUGGGUAUGGCAAAUCGUGCUAAUUUGGAUGUGCAAUUACAGACAACCGAUCAGUUGGCGAUAUCCAGGGUACCGCUAUCGGCGGAGAUGCCGUUAUCCUAUCUGCAUCGUUAUGAUAAAGAGCGACACGAAGUGCGCGAGAAGCGUUAUACGAUGGUGAAAAUUUUACAAAACUUAGGUGCCUUCAAUGAAGCCGUCUGCCACUCGGAAAUCGAAGAUUUAGCGCAUGAAUUUUAUCCAGAGAAAGACAAUGAUUUUAAAUAUUAUGUUUUCGAAGAUGAACGCAUAAAAAUAAACGAACUUUGUGAGGAUAAUGAUUGAGAAGUAACAAACAAGAAAGUCCGUUAUAGCUGACUAGUUGCGUGUAUGUACAUAUGUAUGUAUUGAUGUAUGUAUGUAUAUAUAUUUAAUGUACAUAUACUUAUUUAUAUGCAGAAAUAUAUAUAGUGCUAAAGCAUAAAAUCAUCGGUAGGUAGGAAUUAUGUAAAUAAAUUUGAAAUAGAUUAAUGUUUUAAGAUUUUACAAAUGAACGCAUUCACACUUUGAAGUUUUAUAAAUGAAAAA